AUACAAAAAGUGAAGAUGGAGAAAGUUAAGACGGAAGUGGCUUCAGGAUCGUCGAUGAGGAGGCGAAAUUCUAGUCGGAGAUUCUGUAUUUGUGGCUUCCCGGCGAGUAUAACACAAGGUUGGACUGACAGAAACCCAUGUCGACAAUUUUAUGGCUGUCUGCAUUUUCCCAGUGGAUGCAAUUACUUCUCUUGGUUUGAUGAAGAUGACGUGAUUGAGCAGAUAACUCAAACCAUCUCAAAAAUGAAAAGCAAUUUCGAGAACAAAGAGACAGUGGAUGAAAAAAAUGAAGAUGAGAUUGGUAGAGAGUUUGAAGAAAUUUAUCUUUAA